CUCCCACCACCACCACACUUUCAAUCAAACCAGCACAAUGAAUCCAACCAUGUACUCCCGUCUCCCCCGAGCAAUCCUCUCCCCCGCCGCUGCAACUGUCGCCCGUCCCUCCCUCCGCGUCGGUGCCCGCUUCGCAACAGCAACACCAUUCCAGCUCCAACCUCAACCUCAACCCCAGCUCCCCCGUCGAUGCUUCCACGCCACCUCAGCUCCCCGUAAAGGCAUCUUCCCCGACUCUGCAGACCCUCCAGCUCCGCACCCUGAAUCCAGCAAUGUCGCCGGCGCAGCCACCCACGUUACCGAGCCUUCCCCGUUGACGGAUGCGCAGUACCAUGACCACGCGGAACACUACUUGGAUGUGCUGCAAUAUGAGAUUGAGAAGGUCCAGGAGGAGGGAUCGGAUAUUGAAGCUGAGUAUAGUGCCGGCGUCAUGAACAUCAGCGUCCCCGGUGUAGGCACCUACGUGCUGAACAAGCAGCCCCCCAACAAGCAGAUCUGGUUGAGCUCGCCGAUUUCCGGCCCCAAGCGGUACGAUUGGGUGGUGGAGGGUGAUCAAAUGCAUGAGAAGCAGGAGUCCAGGCCUUUUAUUAACGGGCAGUGGAUCUAUCUCCGGGAUGGGUCCAAUCUCACGGAUUUGUUGAACCAUGAGUUGACUCUCAACUUGCCGAAGGAUGUGUACAGUGAGGUUCUGGAGUAGGCUGCUGCUGCUGCUUCUUUUCUCCGCACCGGGAGGUGGUUGGCUUUAUGUCUACGGACGGGCGGUUGAGAGAUAGUGUAGGAUAUGGAUUGAUGUGUGUGAGUGACUGCUAGUUAUCUAGUGUUGUAGUGCCUGGUAGUAGAUAAUACAGUUCGGCGCGGUACUCGUUGCGU